CAUUUUUCUUGGGAGAGACGGCGUCGGACUAUAUAUCAUUUGCCUAUCAUCCUCAUCCACCAUUUCUCUGUGAACAACUUACGAAGACAAGUUUACUACCACCACCACCCAACUUAAGCGUGCGCUAUACCGCCUUGCGAAGUUCGACCAUAUCGUCUAUUCGGAGUCAAUUAAGACCAUCAAUAUGUGGAUUGUUCAGUGGUUUUACGAUGUCCUUUCAUCGCUUGGUUUGAUGAACAAGCAUGCGAAGCUAUUGUUCCUAGGCCUCGAUAACGCUGGAAAGACGACUCUACUACACAUGUUAAAGAAUGACCGAGUUGCCAUCCUACAGCCCACUCUACAUCCUACAUCGGAGGAGCUCGCUAUUGGCAAUGUUCGAUUCACUACUUUUGACUUGGGUGGUCACCAGCAGGCUCGUCGACUAUGGAAGGAUUACUUCCCGGAAGUAAACGGAAUCGUUUUCCUCGUCGAUGCCAAAGACCACGACCGUCUGUCCGAGUCGAAAGCCGAACUCGACGCCCUUUUGUCGAUGGAGGAGCUUGCUAAGGUACCUUUUGUUAUCCUCGGAAACAAGAUUGACCACCCCGACGCCGUAUCCGAGGACCAGCUCCGUCACGAAUUAGGUCUAUACCAGACAACUGGCAAGGGCAAGGUUCCAUUGGAGGGAAUUCGACCCAUUGAGGUCUUUAUGUGCUCCGUAGUUAUGAGACAAGGAUACGGUGAGGGUAUAAGAUGGCUCUCCCAAUACGUCUAGAAAAAUAAUUGAGGGGAAGAGAAGGCGUCGUCGCAAUACACAGAAUGGGCAUGAGCAUGCAAAACGAAACGAUGCGAUGGCCGUCUGGGAAACAACGGAGUUCUUUAACAGCUUACUAUAACCAUACCGAGAUUUCGAUGUUUUCCGGGAUAGUUCUUUGGAGUCAAUGGCUAGAGGCAUUUGCCAAAUCGCAAUAAUGAAUUGAGAGCAUUGUUACUUCU